AAGCGUUAGGCUUUGGGGAUAGAGAUGCUUCUGGCAUCCUAUAAAAUGAACUUCAGUGGUGAUCACUAUAAGUUUAAUCGUAUUUUUUUAUCAGUUAUUGGUCUGUGGCCGCAUCGUCAUAUCACAUUGCGACAAAUACAAGGCAUUAUAUCGUCAGUCGUUUUAAUAUCGGUAACAUCUCCCCAGUUAAUAAAAUUAUUCACGAUAGAAUAUGAUGUGACUCUUGUUUUAAGGAUUUUAUCAUCCGUCUUGCCAUUUCUAUUAUUUAUUGUAAAAUAUGUCACGUUUUAUUUCAUCACGGAGAAUAUAAGCGAAUUAAUGCAACAAAUUAAAACUGAUUGGAACAUUUUGAAAGAUAAUAAUGAGCUCGAGAUAAUUCAUCGAUACACAAAAGUAGCAAGAUUGUACACUAUGUCUAUAGCAACAUUAAUUUAUAUGUGUCUGUUCAUAAUUAUCUGCAUUCAGUACGUACCAUGUAUCCUGGACGUUGUAAUGCCGCUAAACAAUUCUCGACGAGUUGCAUUAUUAUUUCAAGUUGAAUAUUUAGUUAAUCACGAAGAAUAUUAUCACGUGAUUCAACUUCAUUUACAUAUAGGACUACUUGUUGCUGCGACUACAGUCCUGGCGACUGAGUCAUUUUGUUUAACUCUUUCCAUACAUGCGUUUGCAAUGUUUAAAAUAGCUAGCUAUCGCAUGCAGCGUAUAAUUGAUAAAAAUUCGUUGAAUCUACUUAUAGAAAAACAUUGUGCCCUUUAUAAGAACGUCGUAGCUGCGGUAGAUGGACAUAGAAGAGCAAUUGAAUUUUCUGAAUGUAUAAAGAGGACUUUUACGAUACCCUAUUUGGCUUUAAUAUUGCUCGGAGUAACUUCGACGAGCGUAAAUCUGUUUCUGCUCUUUCAAGUGAUAACGUCAAUGACCUCAAUGGAUGAUUUAAUGAGAUCUAUCGUAUUUGUUGUUUGUCAUCUUAUCUACAUGUUCUUGACUAAUUACGCUGGACAGAAAUUUAUAGAUCAUGCCGUCGAUGUCUACCAAAAAAUAUGCAACGUACGCUGGUACAAUGCACCUUUGCGAAUACAGAAACACUUAUUGUUCAUUAUGCAAAAAGCCAUAAAAAGUUAUUGUAUGGAUGUCGGUGGUUUAUAUAACCCGUCAUUACAAGGUUUUACAACGCUCGCAAGUGCAUCACUUUCUUAUUUUACUGUCCUUUGUUCGAUAUGAAAUUGAUAAUAUUUUUUUACGACGGUAUGGAUAAUCACGUAUUAAUGUUAUUGUAAUUGUAGCACGAAAUUCAAAAAAUUAUUGAAUAAAAAGUGAUGUUUUCAAAUCGG